GACGUGCUGCUGCCACACCUGACCGUGCACGAGGCCAUGAUGGUGUCUGCACAUCUGAAACUCCAAGAGAAGGACAAAGGCAGAAGGGAGAUGGUCAAGGAGAUCCUGACGGCCCUGGGCCUGCUGUCCUGCACCAACACGCGGACCGGCAGCCUCUCGGGCGGCCAGAGGAAGCGCCUGGCCAUCGCGCUGGAGCUGGUGAACAACCCCCCGGUCAUGUUCUUCGAUGAGCCCACCAGCGGCCUGGACAGCGCCUCCUGCUUCCAGGUGGUCUCCCUGAUGAAGGGGCUGGCUCAGGGGGGGCGGUCCAUCAUCUGCACCAUCCACCAGCCCAGCGCCAAGCUCUUUGAGCUCUUCGACCAGCUUUAUGUCCUCAGUCAAGGACAGUGUGUGUACCGGGGAAAAGUCUCAAAUCUUGUACCGUAUUUGAGGGAUUUAGGUCUGAAUUGCCCAACCUACCACAACCCGGCCGAUUUUGUCAUGGAAGUCGCGUCCGGUGAAUAUGGCGAUCAGAACAGCCGCCUGGUGAGAGCCGUCCGGGAGGGCAUGUGUGACUCUGACUACAGGAGAGAGCCCGGAGGUGAUGGCGAGGUGAACCCUUUUCUUUGGCACCGGCCCUCUGAAGAGGGCUCCACUUCCAUGGAAGGCUGUCACAGCUUCUCUGCCAGCUGCCUCACCCAGUUCUGCAUCCUCUUCAAAAGGACUUUCCUCAGCAUCAUGAGGGAUUCGGUCCUGACGCACCUGCGGAUCACUUCCCACAUCGGCAUCGGCCUCCUCAUCGGGCUGCUCUACCUGGGAAUCGGGAACGAGGCCAAGAAGGUCCUGAGCAACUCGGGCUUCCUUUUCUUCUCCAUGCUCUUCCUCAUGUUCGCAGCCCUGAUGCCCACUGUCCUCACGUUUCCCCUGGAGAUGGGAGUGUUUCUUCGAGAACACCUGAAUUACUGGUACAGCCUGAAGGCCUACUACCUGGCCAAGACCAUGGCUGACGUGCCCUUUCAGAUCAUGUUCCCCGUGGCCUACUGCAGCAUCGUGUACUGGAUGACGUCCCAGCCGUCCGACGCCGUGCGCUUUGUCCUCUUCGCGGCCCUGGGCACCAUGACCUCGCUGGUGGCGCAGUCCCUGGGCCUGCUGAUCGGAGCCGCCUCCACAUCCCUGCAGGUGGCAACGUUCGUGGGCCCCGUGACAGCCAUCCCCGUCCUCCUCUUCUCAGGAUUCUUCGUCAGCUUCGAUACAAUCCCCACCUACCUGCAGUGGAUGUCCUACAUUUCCUAUGUCAGGUAUGGGUUUGAAGGGGUCAUCCUCUCCAUCUACGGCCUCGACCGGGGGGACCUGCACUGUGACAUCGGUGAUACGUGCCACUUCCAGAAGUCGGAGGCCGUCCUCAGAGAGCUGGACGUGGAGAACGCCGAGCUCCACCUGGACUUCAUCGUCCUGGGGGUUUUCUUCAUCUCCCUGCGUCUCAUCGCCUACUUUGUGCUGAGACAGAACUUGGGAGAGACGCAGAAGCCGGCUCCAGGUUGAAGGAUGGCCUUGGAACCGUACGCACGAAGCCGUGUGGAAAUCUUUUCAAGUUACACGGAAAGUUGUGAGGUGAAAGUGGCCAUCUCUUUCAAAGUCUUUUAUUUUCCCCGUGCUUCUUAUUUUAAGCAAAAUAUACUGGGGUUUUUUUUCUUCCUAACUUUCCAAGCACCUUAAUUUUGCCUAAAACAAAAAUUCUAGAAAAUCAGUCCUGUUGAUUUUUUACAAACAUUUCUCUUCCCUGACAUAUCACAUCAACUACCUCCACUGAACCUGGGGAAGCUGGGCUUAGAGAGACUCCAGGUGUGAACGUUGUGGUAUCUGCAGGCGUAGCCCGCAAAAGAUUCUGCGCUCACUGCCCAGGAGGGAAGAUGCUGAGGUUUCCUGAGAACCCAAGGCCUUUGCCAGAAACUGGUGAAGGCUUAGUGUGGCCGAGGCGUCUGGAGCUCCGUCGAUCAUGCACUGAGAGCCGUGGGAGAUUCUGUCUCCCACAUCUGGUUUCCAUGGCAUCUCAGCGGCACCUUCACCUUCUCAGCGCCGGGCUAGCGUAGUCUUUCCAGACCAGGAACUCCUUUCCAGUGAUGCGGUCACAUAAGUAAAAUCCCUCUAGCACAGGAGCAGUGGGCGCAUCUGCAGGGUAAACGGCCUUUGAAUUCAUGGCGGGCGCCCGUGUGCUUGUUGACAGCAGCAUAUGACCCCAGUGUGGAGGGGACUCUGGCCAAAGAAGGUCCUCGGGAGGAAAACGGAAUCGCUCUCCCCUUCUAGAACGCCGUGAACCUGGAAUCAGGGCCCUCCUAAUGAAAGACUGUAUUCUUUGUGGACAGAUUCGUCCAUCUCCCUGAGCCUCAGUGUCCCCACCUGUAAAGAGCAGCACGAGAUCGUCCUCCAGGUCGUGUUCAGCUCUGAAAGGUUCUGAGAUUCCUAGGUUGUGUUGCAGAACCUUUAUUUCCUAUUUAAGAGAAUGAGAAAGGUGCACAUUUUACUCACACAUGGAUUUGAUUUGCAAGUGCUUAGAGGCCUCUUUUUCACCCUGAGAUCCCUUUUAGUGAACACAGUUGAGGUAUUUUCAAUGUAAUUUUACGUUUGCCUGUUUUACACCAGUGUGGCGUUGCCUUCCAGAUUAAGUUACUUAACCAGGGUCAAACGUAGCCUUUAUAAAGUCUUUAUUCAGUUUCAAGAUAGACUUGCCUGUACGAAUGUCACACGUAGGAAGACACACGUGGGAACAGCCUGGUGAAACAGAGAGUUGGGAAGAGGACAAGUCCUGGACCAUAUGCCUCAGAAUUACAUCAGCUGAGGCCAGCGUUGAAAGAUUUUUCCCCUCCAGGUGAGUCCUUCCCGUCGUGGGUCUGUGAGCCCAAGAAGGACGUGCACACGGGUGUUUUUUAAAGCAUGCUACUGGGAGUGCAGCGCGUACACUGAGGUCACCACCGCAGGAUAAUCUGAUUCGGAGGACCUGAGGCCGGGUCCACUGAGGAUGUCAACCUAGGAAGCCGCCUUCAUCGGCUUCAAGUGUCAGCAGUGCCCCUCGCCCCUCGCUCCAGCUUUCUCAUCCUAAACCCUCGGCAGCAUAGACCCAGACGCUGCAAUCUGGAUCUCAGAUGCUUCCCCCCUGCCUUUUGCCGUAGGGAAGAUAGAUAAAACACCUUAUUGCAAUAGCCCAAGAAAACAUGCAAGUAACUUGUUGAUUUUAUUUUUCUACGUAGGUGUCGUUAAGAAGCGGGAGGGGGGGCGGUGACGUGCUGCCUUUCACACACUGGAAUUUAAACCAGGCCGACUUCCCAAAUCUACUUCUUUUACGUAAUUUCUGAAUGUAAUGACUCAGAUCUUCAUCUCUGGUUUCGCUUCCUCGUUUAGAAGGAAGGAGGAAACAUCGGAUGAACGAAGCGCAGCCUUUCCAGUUGUUAGUAGAGAUGAAAGUGGAAGUCCAAAGGAUAUCACUGUUACAUGGAACUGGGGAGGGGAAGGGCCUCUGCUGGGUUCCGGUGCCUGCUCCGCGGAGGCGCCAGGGCCUGGGUCUGCUGACCAGCCCUCCCUCGGGAGCCGUGCACCUCUGUCCACGUUCAUAGCAUUCUGUGCCUCCGUUUCUUCUACCCUUGCUGGGUAUCAGCUCGAGAAUUAAAUGCUUCAAAAGCUCCUGUGUGGGUGACAUGGGAAGGAAAGAAAUCAGGUAAACAUUUUACAUAGAAGAUGCUGGAACCUGAUUAAGUCACCUUGUGGGGAGGGACUUCAGAACCAAGAAAUAGGACUUAAGCUUCUAGGUACAAACUCAUCCUGGAGACCCACAAAAAGGUCAUUUUCCCACCUGAGAAAGCACUGCCAGGAGGUCAGGGGCAGGCUGAAUCCAUGGGGUAGAAAGCCCUCCGCUGGGCUCACUGAGGAGAGAACAGCUUGGGCCUCAGUGCCCCGAGCAUCCUUCCUUGCCGGGUGGCCCGGGAGCUGGCCGGAUGCCUUACCAACGCCUCUGUUCAGUUGCUCACUCGGCAGACGUGUGUUGACCCACCCCUGCGUGCUUGGUGUGGCCCAGGCACAGGGGCUCGGAGCUCAGAGCGGGCUCGCCCUCCAGUGCUGGGGGGCCGGAGGGGAUCUCGUUCUGCAGACGCAGGGCGCCGAGGCUGGAGAGGGUCCGUGAGGCCCCGGGUCCAGGGCCAGGAAAGGGCCCAAGUCUGACCCCAAAUUCUCUUAUUUUUUGUUUUGCCGUAUUGCCUCCUGUUCAUAGCGUGCAAACGUACAUGAAAACGCUCUGCGAGGUCUGAAGUGCAAUACUAGGUUAGCUCUGGACUUUCUGUCACCAAACGGACAGCUGAGAUGGGGGGUAGCCUACGCCCCUUUCCUCAGUUGCCUGGCGUAGGGGUGUCCCGAGCUGGCCUGGGGGCCCAGCUUCUUACCCCCGGUCUCAGUGGGGAGGUGCCUUCCUCUGCCCUUUUGCUCAGCCUUAGCUUCUUAACUCAGCGUACCAGUGGUCUGGCUGGAGCCCGAGAGGGGCUGGUGUGUGUGCGUGUGUGUGUGUGCGUGUACACACGUGUGCACACACACGAGGGCACGUGCCAGCUCGAUCCGGGUAUGUAUCUCAUAGUAUUAUCUGUGGUGUUUCUAAAUCCUCAGUCGUCCUUUACUGCAAGAGAGGAAGAGAAAAUUCCCUCAUCUCAUGCCGCCGAGCAGUUGGCAAAGUGUAGUCAGAACCCACUAAGUCUUUCAGCAAAUGCCAGCUCGAUUAGAAUGUGACAGAAACCCAACCAAAACAGGCCAGCAGGGCGGAGGGUGGUGCAGCGUGUAUGGCUAUAAAGUUAGAUGCUCUGAAGAAAUAAGACUGCUAAUAAAAUAUUUUAUGUAAAACUUUU